GUGCGCGGUGGAUGUAGACACAAGAAAUGGGUAAUUCAGACUCCAAACUGCGCUUUAGAAAAGCGGUGAUACAACUAACCACAAAAACACAGCCCGUGGAGGCCUCCGAGGAUGUGUUCUGGGAUCAGUUCUGGAAUGACAUUGACUUGAUGGCACAGGAUAUUUUCACACUUGUUCCUGCUGCUGAGAUCCGCGCUGUGAGAGAGGAGUCUCCAUCCAAUCUGGCAACCCUGUGUUACAAGGCAGUGGAAAGGCUGGUGUUGAAUGCAGACUCAGGCUGUGUGUGUGAGCGUGACAGACAGACCGUUCUGAUCUGCACUCGCCUGUUGACUCGGAUUCUGCCAUACAUCUUUGAGGAUCCAGACUGGCGUGGGUUCUUCUGGUCCACUGUGCCAAAACUGGGCAAAUCUGUGGAUGAAGGUGAAGAGGAGUGCACGCGGCCCCUGGCGGAGUCUCUCCUCUCUGCUGUUUCAGAUCUGCUUUUCUGUCCAGAUUUCACUGUUGAAAGCAACUUCAAGACCAGUGCGGAUGCUGAUAUCCAGUCCAUAGACAGCUGUGAGUUCAUCUGGGAAGCUGGUGUUGGAUUUGCUCAGACUCCGCCUCUCAACUAUUCCCAUGACUCCAACAGGACAGAAUUGCUGAAGCUCUUGUUGACCUGUUUCUCAGAAGAGAUGUACCAGUCUCCAUCAGACACACACACUCUCAACCCUUGGGUCUCGUUCUUUUGCUCCAGAGAAAACAGACAUGCACUCCCGCUCUUCACUUCUCUUCUGAAUGUGGUUUGUGCGUAUGAUCCUAUCGGCUACGGCGUCCCGUACAAUCACCUGAUGUUUUCUGACCAGCGGGGCGAGCUGGCGGAGCUGGCACUGCAAACACUGAUCAUUUCACUGGAGCAGGAGCUCAGCGACACACACACCACUGCCGACACUGAUUACAACAGGAACAACACUUCUGAAGCAUGCCUGUUCUGA